AUCUCAUAUAUAUUUCGUCUCCGGAAUGUUACGACCAAAUGAGAGAAAAACGCUUUUGGUCUCAGAGAAAGUCGAGCUAUCCGUUUCCUCCAUCUCUUCAAUUGAAGCCCAAAAUACGAAUCCCUAACUCUUAUAGACACAGAAAAUUUAGCGAACACCCAUUUGUCGAUCUGUGGUCCGGUGUAGUCGGCUUUGGUGGACACAACUCUGGCCAAUGCGAUCACACCUCCGGUCACUUCUGGGAUAUUCUUCUUCUCGUA